CUUCCACUUGUGUUCGUGUCGUGUCCGUUAUCUUUGGCAUCAGAGAAUUAAAGAGGAUGAAAAAGAUGACUUUUCCCAACUUCCUCUCAUUUAUCUGUCUCGCCUUAUUGUCCCUCUUCUCCCCAGCGUUGCUUGCAUCUCCUGCUGCGUUGUUAUUUCAGGGGUUUAAUUGGGAAUCAAGCAAUAAGCAAGGAGGAUGGUACAACUCCCUUAUCAACUUCAUUCCAGACCUGGCUACUGCUGGAAUUACUCAUGUUUGGCUACCCCCAUCCUCUCACUCUGUUGCAUCCCAAGGGUACAUGCCAGGAAGAUUGUAUGAUCUCAAUGCAUCCCACUAUGGAAAUGAAUUCGAAUUAAAAACAUUGGUUAAAGCCUUCAAUAACAAAGGGAUCAAAUGUGUCGCUGACAUUGUAAUAAACCACAGAUGUGCCGAAAAGCAAGACAGCAGAGGAAUAUGGUGCAUCUUCGAGGGAGGAACCCCCGACAACCGCCUUGACUGGGGUCCCUCCUUUAUUUGCAAAGACGAUACUGAAUACUCUGAUGGCAAGGGAAAUCUUGACACUGGGGACGACUUCAAACCUGCCCCUGACAUUGACCACCUCAACCCGACGGUACAGAAAGAACUAUCUGAUUGGAUGAAUUGGCUCAAGACAGAUAUCGGAUUCGCUGGAUGGCGAUUUGAUUUUGCCAAGGGAUAUAGCCCGAGCAUCACCAAGAUCUAUAUGCAAAAUACUUCGCCAGAUUUUGCUGUUGGGGAGUAUUGGGAUUCGCUUUCUUACGGGCAGGAUGGGAAACCAGACUAUAACCAGGACCAGCACAGGAACAGGCUGGUUCAGUGGGUUCAGACAGGGGGUGGUUCUGUUAAAGCAUUUGAUUUUACUACCAAAGGGGUUCUUCAAGCUGCUGUGGAAGGCGAGCUGUGGAGGCUGAAGGACUCGAAUGGAAAGCCACCGGGGAUGAUUGGGGUUUUGCCAGGAAAUGCUGUGACUUUCAUUGACAAUCAUGAUACAGGUUCUACUCAGAAGCUUUGGCCUUUCCCAUCUGACAAAGUGAUGCUAGGAUAUGCCUACAUUCUCACACAUCCCGGGACUCCAUCAGUGUUUUAUGACCACUUCAUUGAGUGGGGGCUGAAGGAUCGAAUAGCUACAUUGGCUGCAAUUAGGAGAAGGAAUGGGAUCGGUGCAACGAGCACAGUGCAGAUUAUGGCUGCUGAUGCUGAUCUAUAUGUAGCCAUGGUUGAUAAUAAAAUCAUUGUCAAGAUUGGUCCAAAGCUUGAUCUUGGAAAUCUUAUUCCACCUAAUUUUCAUGUUUCUACCUCUGGCAAUGACUAUGCUGUAUGGGAGAAAUAGCACCCAAAAAAAAAAAAAUGUAUGUUGAAAAGUCACCAGAAUAAUACAGUGUGUUUGGUUUGAGUUUUUUGAAUUAAA